AUGGCGGACUCGAAGACGGACGUUGAGUCUCUCGACGUUGCGCAUAUGCAGCUCAGUCCGGAAGAGCUGGUGCUGGAGAAGAAGCUGCGGAGGAAGAUAGAUGCCUUGAUCAUGCCCUUGGUCAUCCUCGUCUAUCUCAUGAACUACAUUGAUCGGAACAACUACGCCGCCGCGCGACUGCAAGGACUAGAGAAAGAUCUCGGUCUCGUCGGAUCCCAGUAUCAGACUGGCCUCUCCGUACUCUUCGUCGCAUAUAUACUCAUGCAGGUGCCCUCCAACCUGCUGCUCAACUACAUGGGCCGUCCGUCACUAUAUCUGGGCGGCUUCACCGUCGCCUGGGGGGCAGUGUCCGCCCUCACGGCCCUGGUGCACAACUACCAGCAGAUAGUGGCCUGUCGGUUCCUGCUGGGGCUCGUGGAGGCUCCCUUCUUCGCCGGCGUGCUCUUCUACCUGUCGAAAUGGUAUACGAAGAAAGAACUGUCUCUACGCAUGAGCUUCUUCUACUCUGGCUCGCUCAUCAGCGGCGCGUUCGGCAGCUUGAUAGCCGCAGGGAUACUGAACGGACUGGCCGGUGUUCGUGGCCUGUCUGCCUGGAGAUGGCUCUACAUCAUCGAGGGAGUGGCCACCGUCGCUGUCGGGCUGGUCAUCGUCUUCGUCCUGCCUGAUUUCCCGGAUACGUGGAAGCUGCUGCCGGCCGACCUCAAGGUGGUAGCUAACAAGCGACUCGCCAUUGAAGCUGCAGAGGCCGACAUCGACGUGCCCGGCGGCAUGAGCCAGCUGAAGGGUCUCCGGCUGGCCAUGACCGACGUCAAGACCUACGCCAUCGCCAUCGCCUACAUGUCCAUCACCGCCGCCUCUGGGUUCCAGAAUUUCUUCCCUACCCUGACGGGCACACUAGGCUACUCCAAGAUCAUCUCCCUGCUCCUCGUGGCGCCGCCUUACCUCUUCAUGGUCGUCUACAGCCUGGCACACUCCUGGUUCUCCGACCGAAUGAACAACCGGUUCUGGUUCUUCAUCUACCCGAUCCCAAUCACCCUGGUCGGCUUCAUCAUCUUCAUGACCACCGACAGCUUUGGGCCACGCUACUUCUCUUUCUUCCUCAUGAUCUUCGUCUUCGCUCUCAACGGCACGCUGUACGGCUGGAUAGCGAGCGCCAUACCUCGCCCUCCCGCCAAGCGAGCAGCCGCUUACGCCUUCAUCAACUCCCUGGGCAACUCGGCCAGCAUCUGGACGCCCUUCACGUACCGCAACCAGGACGCGCCCCACUACCGGCUCGCGCUGGGCGUGGCGAUGGCCUGCCAGCUCCUGGCGGCUGCUUGCGUGGUCUUCCUGCGAUGGUACUUGCAGAAGCAGAACCGGGAGCUGGCACGGUUCGAAAGGGCGGAAGUCCAGCUGACGGAGAAGGAGAUGGCGAAGUUGCGGCGGACGGCAGAGAUUGAGAAUGUCGAUUGGACGUCGAGUCACGUGCCACCCCUCGUCAACUCCCUCGGAGCAUCGAAGCUCGACUUCUUUCGCAACUCCAACUUCGACCAUAGUUCGACCGUCCUUCGCCCUCCAGCGUCUUCCAGCGAGCCCCCAGCGUCCUCUGCUCGUGUCAAUGGUUACCGGCGAUUCUCCCUGUCUGUAGCCUCCCGCCAGCUCGCAGCCAACAGCUUCCAGCAAGCCCCCGUCCUGCUGCGCGAGAGACCGCUACGACCGCACCUCAAACCUCCUUCAGCCCAUCCCGUCGAGCCCUGCUCAGCGCCUCUGGCUCGGUUCGUACUCUGUCUUCCUCCUCGCCUCCGCCUGUCAGCCUCAAGCUCUUUUUUCCCUGCUUUUCUCGCCCUCGUCUGUCUCAUUGGUGUCGCUCUUUUGGACGUGUUUUCGCCACCGGGCGCAGGCGUGGAUCUUGCCCUUCAAGACAAACCCCCCAGGCUAAUUUAG